UUUUUUCUUGUAGGGGCAUAGACUACGUAGAGACUAUUUACUAUUUGGUCCGCCCUGCACUUGCCGACGCUGGAUGUGCGUUGGGUACCUGGUGCCGAGAGGAGGGUGAAGAUGCCCGGCCUUGGGGACCUGGUGGCUCGCGAUUUCUUUACAGGCAUCAGCCCGGGCAUCCGCCCAAGCCGAACUUCCUUUGAAGAGGCUCCGGCUUUGCCUGCGUCGGCCGUCGGCCAGAUCGGGCCUGCUCCACCUCCGGUGCCGGAUGCGCGGGCGGCUGCGGCGGCAAGACCUGAUGUCCAAACACCACCUGAGCCUCCACCGCCAGAAGCCAACGAGGACAUCCUUGCUGGCCCGGAAGCCGUGAGCUCGCAAGCCUCCACGCAGACGAUCCCCGGCGGCCCACGCAGGCCGUCGGGAACUGGUGGAGGCGUUGAUCACUUUGGGUCUGUGAACACCUUCUUCAUGGCCUUCUCAGCCAUUCUCAUCGCCUUAGGGCUGGGCUAUGAUCAUUGCAUGGACGCCUGGAGCAAGUACAGUGGGGGUGCGGCACCCAAAGAUCGGGCACCCCGAGAUCGAAGGGGGAGCGCCAGAUCACAAGGCCGAGAAAUCGGAUCCGCAGGUGAUGAAGGCUCUGAAGAUGCGUCAGGCUCAUGAAGGCUUGCAGGCUUUGUGAGCGCGCUUCUCUUGCUGGCAAAUGCUUGCAGAUCACUUGGAAAAAAGACAUUGUCAACGCAGAGGGUGGGGUGGCAUCCAACUUGUCUUUGGUCCAUAGAAUGCUACAAUGUGAGGCUCGGUUCAUCUUGGAGAGGAGCAUGAUGGGCGC